AUGAGAACGAUGGGUCGACUAAACCUUUUUACAGAAAUACCGUUAUACGAGGAAUAUUAUGUGAACGAUUCAAAAUUUGUACUUAAUUCAUCAUUUGAUACGGAUCUUAUGCCCAGGAAAGAUGUCGAGAACCUGGAUAUAUUUUAUUCCAAAUUAAGCCCAGUGGAGGAUUGGCUCGUUGCCAUGUAUCUUGGACUUGUCGGCAUAGUUUCGAUUUUCCUGAAUCUGAUGGUGCUAUUUGUUUGCUUCAAGACGCGCCAAACGUUGAAGACUAUUGACUACUUCAUCGUGAACCUAGCUAUAACCGAUCUCUGUCUGCCUCUGUUUGGCUUUCCAUUGGUAGUGACGUCAUCCAUACAACAUCAGUGGCAGUUUGGAGUUUAUGGUUGUUACAUUUACGGGUUUCUUGGUUUCUUCUGUGGAACAGUCAGUAUAUCAACUUUAGCUAUGAUGAGUUUCGUACGCUACAUGAGCGUUUGUGAAAUGCAGAAAAGUGUCCAUUUAAGCAGGCACACGACAUUAUUGGUGCUCUUUACUUACUUAUAUGCCUGUAUCUGGUCCUUUCCUCCAUUUAUUGGAUGGGGUGAUUAUGGAGUUGAACCUCAUGGAACAUCAUGUACAUUGAACUGGUCCGGAAGUCGCUCAUUUGUAACAACCAUGCUAGUGAUGUGUAUCAUCCUACCGGUCGUUAUAAUGACUAUUUGUUACGGACGUGUGUUGUUAUUUUUAAAAAGAAGUUCACACAAUCUUCAAAAAUGGACUGCUCACCGGACAAAUCGAAAACACACAAAUAGAAAACUAGAGGGAAGUUUGAUAAAGCUUACAUUUACAAUGUGUGUUGCUUUUGUGUUGACAUGGACUCCUUAUGCGGUUUGUAGCCUUUGGACAGCUUACGGGAACAAAGAUGUAGUACCAAUUAGACUCACACUUGCCUCUAUUCUCAUCGCAAAGCUUUCAACAAUCAUCAAUCCUACGAUAUAUUUUGUGCUUAAUAAGAAAUUCAGACCGGUCAUAAAACGUUACUUAUCCAUGCCUUUUAACGGUAUCAUCAAUUUGAUUGGCGAUAAAAGCAGCACGUCAGGAUAGAUAGACAGAAGCAUUGGCCAAAACACAGACCAUAUAUCAGUAGGACGUGUGAUACGAUAUGUACAUAUUAUACAUGCACUGGUCUGUG